CAAGAUGGUUUCAGUCUCAAACACUAAAAAUUUCAUAAAAACUAAAAACCGGCACGGCAGCAAAAUUCUUCAAAGAGGCACACUAUUGUUCACCAAGCGAAAAUGCGAGCAUGCGCACGAAGCCGUUUGACGGGUAAACGAAAGUCACUCCACACUUUUUUCAAACAUCUGUUUUCAAACAAAAAUCAACCUACAGUCAGUGCGAGCGAGCUAGCAUCGAGAUCCCAUGUCACCAGCAAGAAUAAUGAAAUUGAGCUCCCACAGUCGUGGUGCGAUCGUUUGUUGCCAUAUCUAGGGCCAGUUCGUCCGAAGAAGCUCUACAAGAACGACGAUCGAGGUUUUCAGGUGGACAGCGCAGUGUGAAACUCUAGAAGUGUGAUUGGAUUUAUCGUUUUUUAUGAUUCGAAAACUUUCGAAAAUUGACGGAAGAACUUAUGGCCUUGAAACGUAGUUUGACCAUUGAAGCGAAAAUAGUGAUGAAAAUUGUGCCAAAGAAUAGUUCUGACAUCAGAACUGUGCUGAAGUAACAUUCUUCGAAUCGCGUGACGCGUGAUACCUUCAUGAAAUACCGGUCAUAAAGUUCAACAACUGCAGCCGCUGUGAGGAGCCAACUGAAUAGCAUUAGACCCAGUGAUAGAUAACGGAGAUCCGUGAGAAGUCUUAUAAUGGCAUCCGGCGACAGUGAAUCGUGGGCACGGACCUACGCAACGAUCAAGAGUGCCCACGACGACGCCUAUAGGGUGAUUGAGCGAGCAAUCAAAUUCGAAGAACGUGAACGCCCGGAUCUGGCCCUGAACGAGUAUAAGAAUGGAAUCAAAGCGAUUGAUGAGGCUUUGGCCAUUCCUGUGGAAAUUCCGGAUAACUUUCAGAAAGAGGAAACCUGGGAUCGGGCGGUGCGAAUGAUUCACAAGAUGAAGUGUAGCCGAUUGGAGGUGCUGCAACGAAUCGGUCAAAUUGGUGGAAAGAUGGAUGAGGCGGAAGCGAAAAUCGCUGCAAAUGGUACGAGUGGUACGGGAGAUGUUUUGCGACCCAGGACGUACACUGAACUGGCUCAAGCGUUGAAUCAAAUGCAGUACAAUGUGGAACCGGGCUGUGAGGGUAGUAGCUUGGAGUUGCUAUUUUCUUGCGAUGGCGUUAAGAUGUACUACAUCGAACCGGAUGGCGUUGUUUCGAGGAUGUUAGAUGACUCCACUCUGAGAAUUGUUAGGAUCGAGGAGGAUCCGAUCAGGAAGUUGGAGAGUACGAUAUUUGUGCAGGUGAUUCCUACUUGUGCUUCGGCAAGAAUAGAAAAUGCCGAAGUACCGUUGGAUCGAGGAGUGGAAGCCCAAGAAGGUGUCAUUGUCGUGAACGCUGUUGAAGAGCACCGCGGAGUUGAUCCUUCUUUCAUCUAUCCCUUGGUACCGGGAGUAUCACCAUGCUAUAGAACCGAAUAUGGCGCAUUUAUUCUGCCAGAUUUAACUACUGACCAUGGAAGAACUAUUGGUUUGAUCGUUCCGAAAGAUGCAGAUGACGUUGUGUUGGAAAUUUUCGUAGCUUUUCUCCAUGGAAUCAUAACCGAGGGCGGGGCGGUUCGUUUCGGAGUUCAGCCAGUAACACGCUCCACAAGCGCCAACGUUUCGGCAAACAUUAUCAAGGGAGCAUUCUACGUAUCGAAAGGAUUGGUAAAAGGGGCUGAAAAAACUGGCGAAUUCAUCAGCUACAGUACCCCCUAUGUUAUAUCGAAGCUGCGCAAAGAAGAUGCCCCCGCCCAGGUGCCCGAUAACGUGAGAUCUGGUAUAGAAAUUGCAAAAUCUGUUACAGGCACUGCAGUCAAUGUCACUAGCUAUGUCGCUGGAAAAGUAGGAUCAGCUACCAUGGCUUUGGGACGAUUUUUAGCUCCUCAUAUACAGAAGCACGGGUCCAAUUUGUUGUCCUACAGCACCGGCAUGACUAGUGAGGAUGCAUCGGAAAAAGUCCACGGAGCCCUCACGAUCUGCGCUGGUGCAGUUGAAGGUUUCGGAACAGUUUACUCGGGUCUGGAGAAAUCGGCGUCCAUCCUCGGUAAUAGCUUAAGCAACAGCACCGUUCAAAUUGUCCAACACAAAUACGGCAACGAAGCGGGUCAAGUGGUGGGAAGUUCGUUGGACACAGUGGGAAAUGUGAUCAACGUGAGUCACAACAUGAAUUACAUCACCCCUAAAGGAAUCGCAAAACGAACAGCUAAAAACGCUGGCAAAGCUCUCGUGGCUGGCUAUCGACCACCGGUCCCGGAAGUGGAUGCCGAAGCUGGAGAAGGAACGUCCAGCAACGCACUCGGUGGAUCGGUUAACUCGCAGCAACGUGUUGUUCCAGCCGCUGGUCUUUAUCCAGACCUCUCUGGGCUUGCAUCGGAAUCGCAGAAAUCUGGUUAAGUUUUGUGGGAACAAGAACAUUUGAUGGGAAUGGUAUACCUAUUUAGUGUUAAGUAUUUAUCAAACGAAUUUUAAAAUAUUUUGAGCGGAAGGGGUUUUUAAAAAGAUGAACAGCUUAGCAGCUGAGAUGCCUAAGAAACUGAUACAAAAAUCUGCUAGAAAUAUCUAAUCCAAAAGCAUUCUACUCACAUCUAAUUCCUCUAAAUUUGUUAAGGUGAUCAAACGUGAAGCUAUAGGUGGGAGAUUGGUUUUACUCACUGAUUCAAUUUAAAAAUAAUUUGAUGAUAUUUGGCUCGAUUUUAUUGAAUAGCAAUAAUUUUAAAGGUAGUAAGUUUUGUGUUUGUGUAGUUCUGAAAGAAAACAUGUGAUGGUUUUGAUAUUUAACGUGUGAAUUUUAAUAUGUCUUUUGGUUAGCUUUAGGUAUAUUCUUGAAAAUUUGCUUUUACGUUUUUUCGGUUAGAUUAAAUUUGAAUAAAAACAAAUAGGCUCUUUUAAGUAAUCUCAUACACAAAAAUAUUUAAACACUCGUUAUAUGUGGCAAAUAAUAUGGACAAAUAAUCUUUAUUAAAUCUUCAGAAUCUCAAUAUUAUUGGAUAAAAUAAAUGCUUAGAAGUGAAGAUAUUUUGAGAUUAGAAUAAUCAAUCAAAAUCUGUUUAAUGUCGUAUAGAAAUAUUGUUGACAGAAAUAUACAUCUCAUCAUGAAAUCUAUCUUGCUAAAAAAUUAUCUCUUCGAAAACCAACGAAAAUGUAAACAGCAUGUUUCUAUUUUUUUUUAAU